CAAUGUUUUGGUUUCUGGCGGUGACGUAACACAAAAACAUGGUUCCCUUGUUUUGGACCCGUGAAGCGUGCUACGUGCUAUGCGUGGAGAUGCUAUUUCGAGGCUGAACGAGUGGAAGAGACUCCCCCACAGCAGGCGAUGUCUCAGGACGGGGAAAGGUGUGCCGAGUCCGGCCGCCGGCUGCGUUCCAUCUGCCGGCGGCUGUACGACGAGAACGAGGAUUUGUCUGACGUGGAGGAGAUGGUCAACAUCCGAGGAUUCAGUGUGGAGGACAAGCUGGCCAGCGACAAUUACGCCACAAACUUUGUGCGUUUCAUGGAAGCUAAAGACUUCACUUACGAAUACGUGCAACGGGAGGCUCUAAAGGUGCCGCUUAUUUUCAAAGAGAAAGAAGGACUUGGGAUCAUAAUGCCCGAUCCAGAAUUCACAGUGUCGGAAAUUAAAGGCUUGGUCGGCAGCCGUCGCUCAGUGGAUGUGAUGGAUGUGAGCACACAAAAAGGCUCCGAAAUGAGCAUGGCCCAGUUUGUGCGCUACUACGAGACGCCGGAGGAAGAGCGCGAUAAACUGUUCAACGUGAUCAGCUUGGAGUUCAGCCACACCAAGCUGGAGAACCUCAUCAAGAGACCCACUGUGGUUGACCAGGUGGACUGGGUGGACAACAUGUGGCCUUCUUAUCUGAAGCAGAGCCAAACAGAAGGCACAAACGUCAUCUCGGAGAUGAAAUAUCCGAAAGUGCAAAGGUAUUGUUUGAUGAGUGUAAAAGGCUGCUAUACGGACUUCCACAUUGACUUCGGGGGAACAUCCGUGUGGUAUCAUGUCUUCAAGGGGCAAAAAGUGUUCUGGUUGGUGCCCCCAACACUCCACAACCUGGCCCUGUAUGAGGACUGGGUGCUGUCCGGUAAGCAGAGUGACAUCUUCCUUGGCGAUCGCGCCGACGGAUGCCAGAGAGUGGAGCUCAAGCAGGGGUACACCUUCUUUAUCCCGUCUGGGUGGAUUCAUGCAGUGUACACUCCAGAGGACACACUGGUCUUCGGCGGCAACAUCCUGCACAGCUUUAACAUUCCGAUGCAGCUCACCAUCCACGAGAUAGAGAACCGUACCAAGGUUCACUCCAAGUUCCGCUUCCCCUUCUACUAUGAGAUGUGUUGGUACGUCCUGGAGAGAUACAUGCACUGCCUGACCAAACGUUCCUACCUUUCUCAUGAGAUCCGGAAGGAGCCUUUUCUCAUGGACGAUGAGACAAAAGUCCACAUGGGAAGCCCCUGCUCCGACUCAAGAAGUCAGGACAUGAACGAGGACUGGUGCGAUUCACAGCUCAGGGAUGAACUGUGCGAAAAAGCGGAAGUGGUCUGUAGCCAUCAACGUCCGAAAGACACCUUGUCUGCCUACUCCGAGGACAGCUGUUAUAUUGCCUCCAAUGCUGCGGACUUUCCGUCUGAAUUGCUGACCUUGGAAUCUCAGAAUAAGUGGAUUCAUCUGACAGAAUUUGAAAUCAACGGGCUGAAGAGGCUGGUGGAGAAGUUGGAGUCGCUACCCGAGCAUAAGAGAGAAGUUCCAGAAGGAUUGGAGAACCCGCUCGGCCUGCUGGAGGACAUGAAGGUCGUCUUAAAGGAACAUGCCGACGAUGACCCAAAGUUGGCCAUCACUGGACUUCCAGUCGUGUUCUGGUCAAAGAAAACCUUGAAGGCCCGGCCGCCGCACCGACCCAAGCCCAAGAUGGUGACAUCCCCGGCGUCGGCCCUCAAGGUCCCGGCCGGUCGCGGCGGUGGGACGUCGGGUGCAAGGAGGAGACGCACUCGCUGCCGCAAGUGCGAGGCCUGCCUGCGCACCGAGUGUGGCGACUGCCACUUCUGCAAGGACAUGAAAAAGUUCGGCGGGCCGGGACGCAUGAAGCAGUCGUGCAUCAUGAGGCAGUGCAUCGCGCCGGUGCUGCCGCACACGGCGGUGUGUGUGGUUUGCGGAGAAGCGGGCAAGGAGGACACAGUGGAGGAGGACGAGGAGAAGUUCCAGCUGAUGCUCAUGGAGUGCUCCAUCUGCAACGAGAUUGUCCACCCUCACUGUUUAAAGGUGAAAGAUUCCAGUGGCGUUGUCAAUGACGAGUUGCCGAACUGCUGGGAGUGUCCCACGUGUAACCACGCUGGGAAAACGGGCAAAGCCUCAAAGCAAAAAAGAGGUCCAGGAUUCAAGUACGCCUCAAAUCUCCCGGGCUCGCUGUUGAAAGAAGUGCGUCCGAUUCGGGACGCCAAAGAGGAGCCCGACGCCCCUUCGCCUUCCCUGGCCGCAGUUACGGCCAAGAGAAAAGCCGAACGAGAUGAAGAGCUUCCCAAAAAGCGACCCCCUCUGAUCUCCCUGGAUGGCUUGCCUCGCCCAAGACUGGAGGAAAACCCUCUCAGGAAAAAGAGAAAGCUGUUUGACACUCAAGACGAACCUGACGAUGUUAAAAGGAAGCUCUCAAAAAUGGAGCAACCUCCUAGCGCAAAACUGCUGAGGCACAUCAAGACGGAAAAUGACCUCGGCGAGUAUGAGGAUGACCUGGAAGACAGAUUCUCUUUGCACAGGAUCCACUUCAAAGCCAAGAAAGAACUGGAUGGCCGAGAGGAGGAUGACAAUAACAAUAAAGACGGCGAAAAGGACGACUACAGCAAGACGGAGGACAAAUCCAAAGUGCUUGUGAGUGCUCUAAGGAGAACGGCAUCGACUGGAGAGAGCGACCAAUCUGCCAAAAGCGCCUCAGAAGUGGGACCCAGCGGCGAGGAGGGCGAGGAGAGGACUUCCGAAAUGUCACCAUCAAAUAAAGCUCGCCAUCAACGCAGACACCUGCUCAAGACCAAAGACGGCGUCAACCACCAGAACUGCUUGGCCAACCAGCUUCAAAGUCAACCGAAGACGGAGGAUGUCGCCGCCAAAUGGGAAGAGGGAACCAAUCAAAACCAAAAGACGGUCCAAUCCGAGGAGCUCGUGUCCAAUCAGAACCACCGGCCGGUCAAGGCGGAGCCCGAGAACGACUUGGGGGCCUCCGAUCCGAGAUGGCCUCUGAACAACGGCAGCGGGGACCUCGGAGGCUGGAUGCGACACAGGCGGGAGGCCAACGGAGUUGCGCGGCGCCACUCGCCGCUCAGCUGCAACCGGAGCGCUCCUGUCGUGCCGCUGGCACCGCGCCCGCUGCCCUGCCGCUCGCCACCCAAAUGCAUCCAAAUGGAGCGCCACGUCAUCAGACCGCCUCCCAUCAGCCCCCCGCCCGACCGGCUUCCCCUGAAUGAUGGCCUGGAGCACGCCAUGCGGCGCGAGACCUGGAUGUCCGUCUUUGGUCACCUGGCGCUCAGAGAUCUCUGCGUGUGUAUGCGCGUGUGCAGGACGUGGAACCGAUGGUGCUGCGACAAGAGGCUGUGGAAGCGCAUCAGUCUGAACCGCUGCAAGUCCAUCACGCCUCUCAUGCUGAGUGGGAUCAUCCGGAGGCAACCGGUCGCCCUGGACUUGAGCUGGACCAACAUCUCCAAGAAGCAACUAAGCUGGCUCAUCAACAGACUUCCAGGUUUGCGAGUGCUGCUGUUGUCCGGGUGCUCAUGGGUGGCCGUCUCCGCUCUCUGCACGUCCUGCUGUCCUCUCCUUCGAACGCUGGACGUUCAGUGGGUGGAGGGACUGAAAGACGCCCAGAUGAGGGACCUGCUCUCCCCCACUACCGAUAACAGGCCAGGCCAGCUGGACAACCGCAGCAAGCUGCGCAACGUCGAGGACCUCCGUCUGGCCGGCCUGGACGUCACGGACUCCACGCUGCGCCUCAUCAUUCGCCACAUGGCCGCGCUGUCCAAGCUGGACCUCAGCUACUGCAACCAUGUCACCGACCAGUCCGUCAACAUCCUGACUGCAGCAGGGACCACCACUCGAGACUCCCUGACUGACGUCAACCUUUCAGUGUGCAACAGGGUGACGGACCAAUCGCUCACCUACUUCAAGCGCUGCGGCAGCAUCCGCCGCAUCGACCUGCGCUUCUGCAAGCAGGUGAGCAGGGAGGGCUGCCAGCGCUUCGUGGCCGAGAUGUCGGUCAGCGUUCAGUUUGAACUGAUCGACGACAAACUGCUGCAGAGGAUCCAACCCGCCGUUGUCGGCGCAGGCUGCGAUUAACGCGCUGCUCCAUACGAGGGCGCCACACCACCACCAGAGGAGGAGGAGGAGGAAGAAGAGGAGAGCAGCACCGUGUGUUGUCUCCUCUUGCCAACUACUGAGCCAGAAUGUAAAAAUGGUACAGUACUUGCCAAAAGUUUAGACACACCUUCCAAUUCAAUAGCACAAGGAAGCAACUCUAAACUUCUGACUGGAACUGUCAAACGUUUUUGUUAUUUAUUUCUUCAAUUUUUUUUUUCUGUUCGAGAGUGACUAUUUUUGUAGCAGAAAGUGUUUCCUACAUUCAUAUACAGUGUUAUACUACUGAUAUUGAUAAUCAAUACACAUUGUUAUUGUUUUUAUUUUUCUGUUUCAUAUUUAUUGAAGCACAUUAGUUUUAUCGUAAUGUGCGUAUCGCUGAUGUUUUAUUUUGCACCUAUUACACAAAUCCUGAGACUGUAGACUGUAUUUACGUAUACAGGUACAUCUCAAUAAACCAGAAUAUGAUAGAAAACUUUAUCAUUACACUAGUUCAAUUGAAAAUGUAACUUUUAUGAAACUCAGUACAUCCAGAAAGUGUGAAGUUUUCCCACAGUUUUUUUUUUGGAGGGGGGGCAUAAUUCCCCCAUAAUUCCAAAAUGCACGACCCGACCAUUUAAGUUUUCUACCUUGUUCCAAUUUAUUGACAUGCACUUGUAGUUAAAUGCAGCUAUGGAAAAAGAUUGAGACUGCAAGAUUAUAAGUAUCGUGUGGAUUAAAAGUCUUCACAUCUCUCUACAAAUGCCAGGUGUUUGCGAGACAAAACAGAAAUGUACAGGCUGCCGAUGGUUAAAACAAGCUUUAGAAUGAUGUCACUUUUCGAGAGGGCAACUGAUUGUGCACGCCGUGUUCAAAAUUAACCAAUCACGUUUAAAUUCUUGUUAAACGUAUCACAUAUCCGCCACUUUUUAAAGUGCCUCUCACCAAAGCCACAAAAUACAUUUCAGAAGUUCUAGUAGGCUUUUUUUUUCUUUUUUAGUAGAAGAAAUAUUCUGUUCUAACAAAACAUGGCAGCAUGCUCUGUGGCUGUUUUUCUUCAGUCUUCUUCUGUCAUAGUCGAUUUUGUGGGGAAUUAGCAAACAGUUCAAAAUAGUCAGUCUAAAUGUCUCAGAGCCUAAAAUGGCAGGGAUUUUUAUCCCCCUAUCACCAAAACCUGGCAUUUGAUCAAGGGUGUGUAGACUUUUUUUAUUCUCUGGAUGAGUCAAGUUAACAUGUUUUGCUUUGUUUUAUACUGACAGCAUAACUCCAAAAAAUUCAAUCACAAAUAUUGUCAUUUAGAGCAUUUAAGUCUCUUAAAGGUCUCUUGAUUUGUUUUUCGUCCCCCUCCAGAGCUGUACAUAUAUAUUUUUGUCUUUGUUCCCAGCUAAAAGCUUCUUGUCAUCACACCUCCGUUAUGUGUGUUAUUUGUGGAGAAAGUAUACUAUUAGCUCAGCAUGGAUGCUUGCUCUUUCAUCAAAAUUAAGACGUCAUUAGUUUGAAGGCAGUCACUUUAGAAAAGUCCAGAAAGAAAAUGAUUCAGAUUCAAAUUAUUGAGUGAUGAUUGCAUUAUUUUCAAAUGUGAGCUGGGGACAUUUGAUAUAUCUGAGCUUCUAUUUAAUGCUCGGAUAGUCCCCAGGUUCCCCAUUCCCAAAAGUUAGAAAGAUGACUGUUUAUCAGUUUGUUUGUUUUUGUAUUUUUAUUUUUUUGCUGGUUGUUUGUUUGUAACCCGGUGCCAUUUGAAGAACCUGCACAAAGUUGGUGAAAGUUUGUUUUUCUCCCAUUUUUGACUCAUAGGUAGAAAGCAUGGGAAUGAGUAAAAACCACGAUGGGGACGGUGGUGGUGUGAGUAACGGGGAAUAUGUUCCCAAUUUGUGAAUUUUGGGGGCCCACUGAGGUUAAACCAGUGCAAAAAUGAGUGAGUACAGUUUAAUGCACUUUUCAUGUCUUUCUGUCUGGAUUUUUGUUCAUUUCCAAUUUUGUACUUUUUUACUUUAAAGUUCAAUACAUGUUUACAUUGUUAUUUGGUAUGGUUAAACCACUGUAUGGACGUGUGUAUUAUACAUGUUGACUGUAAAUGUUGUAAUGUAAAUGUACACAUUUAAAGCUUAUAUAGGGAAAGUUUGAGUUAUUAAAGGCCUUUUAAAAACCA